CACACGUUUGUCGCCUAGAGUGAUAUUGCACUGCCAUUCAUUUGACACGUUUGAUCGCCUUGAGUGGUCUUCAAUUGAUUUAGUGAUAUUGCGCUGCCAUUCAUUUGACACGUUUGAUCGCCUUGAGUUGUCUUCAAUUGAUUUGUUUUGCUGGGUGCUUCCGAGGCAGUCUCUGCAAUCUUUCGUUAUGCCACACGUACGGAGUGCAAGUGCUCGCAUUAUGCGUCGGGCGCUGGCUGUUCAAAACGGAUACUGUGUGCAUUUACCUAUUCGUUUGCCUCUGGAUGGUUUGGUGCCACCUACGUGUCUCCCACCACCAGGGCUGGAGCGGGCGACUGUCGAUUUGGUUCUAGAUUAUCUCUUGUUGCGCGAUCCACCUGUUGUUAAACGCAGUUUGGAGGAGGAGGAAGAGGCCGACAUUAAGACUGUUUCGGAGAAUUUUUCUUGCCGUAUGCAGGCUUCUGAAUCGCUGGUUGAUGUUGGAGUGCAGACGGUUGAUGUUGCGGACUUUCAUUGUGAAGUCGGCUGUCAGACAGAUAGUGUCGUUGGGAUGGAGGGAGGAGCUUCAGGAGUUCUUCUUGGGAAAGUGACUGUGGCGGCGGAGGAGGAGCUGGAGGCACCCUCGAGUGCGGAGUCUUCUCCGAACGUGCAGUCUGAUUCUGAUAGCCGCGCCUUGUCAGGAGCGUCCCAGGGGUGUCUGAAUCGCCCCGUCACGCUCAAUGAGGUAUCGAAGGAGUCGCGCCAGAGGACUCGAGGGAGAGAUCGUGACAAGGUCAAGGGGACAUCGACGUGCUCUCAGGCCACCAUUGCCGAUGUCAAAGCGUGGAUUGACGCUGUUGCCAGCAUCAACGAGUUGAAUGCGAUCCAGUAUUUAAAGAACGGAAUGGAUUUGUUUGAUAAGCUGGUGACAGAACGUGGGUUCCCUACAAAGAAGGCCCAAAAAGAUUAUGCUCGGAAGCUGUAUGAGAUGCUCCAGAAUGUGCAAGCGACGCUGGAGGAUCUUCUAGGAUUCUUCGAGGUGCACAGGUUCUUGACAGGACAAAUGAACCGCGCCGAGAUGGCCAAGUUUCUGGAGGUUUCCAAGUGCAGCGAUUACCGAAUAAUAUUCUUCGGACGCCCGAGGAGUUUCGACAAGUUGGGAUGAAGCUAUUCGUGCGCACUUGUAUGCAACUGUCGGUUUAAGAACAGCGAAGGCUAUAAUGCUUGUAUCUCACCUGUUCUUGUUUUCCUCACUUUAUCUCUCUGUUUGACCUCUCGCUGGAGCCAUGAUGGCUUCACGGCCCGCUGUGGGCCCCACUAAGCGCUUCAGGUGUGUAAAGGGCAGGAGCCCCUCAUAUUCUUCAGGUGACGUUCUUCCACGGGUUGUUUCCCCGUCUAAUUCGUUGAUUACUUCAUGUGACGUUGAGCAUGCGCCUCUUGUCAUACGGCGGGUUGAACAUGCGUAUUUCGGACUGGUUUGAUGUGAAUAAGAGUUUGUGCUCACUCACGCCUUGCCUGUUUGGAUACGUCCGCUCCUUGCUCCGACUAGGCUGGAAAGCCUAUAAGGAUGCACCGUAUUGCGGGGUGGUGCUUCGGACAUUGGCGGUGCUUGACAUUCUACUCAAGUGGUGCUCAACGGUUGAUGGAACAACGCUUGCAGAGCCACAUUAGGAACCUUCGUGUAACCUUUUGGCCUCCUCAUCAUAAAGAUUCUAUGGCUUCACACCCUGGGAGUUCCACGACUGGGAGUUUAUCUAAUGCAGUUGUGAGUUCAGCAGUGACGGAGGACGAGGAGAAACGUAACCACGCAGAUUAUUUGCUUCAGUUGGCGUGUAAUUUAAGGAUCAGGAAAUACUGCUUCCGCAAGUCUGGCUGGGUAAAGCUCGUUCACUCUUUCACGGCUGCCACGCUGUAUCGCCUUAUGGCCUCGGGUGCCGAGGAAAAGGCUGUGUUGCUUGAAGCGCUUCUUCGGGAUCGCGCGAGACUUGGCCCGAUAGCCAAUUUGACCCAUCUGUCGACGGAUAUCAGAGACUUUAGUCACCGCAGACUCGUUCCCAAAAGCGUUACGGAAGCCAUGAGAUACGUGACGAAUUUUCAGGAUGAAUGGAUGCGUCGCAAAGUAAAGAACUACCGCGAGUUGGCGGCCAAGGCGGGAUACCCAAUUGAUUGAUUGAUUUAGUGAUUGCACAUAGGCUGACAUGGUUGGCCAGAACCAGAAAUUGUUACGUUGUAUUCCAUACUUCCCUCAUUGAACAUGCGAGCAAAACAAAACUAGGCGGCCUCCGUGGAUUCUUCGACGGAGGUCCCUCUGUGGGGGGAUGUGCUGCAGAAUGGUGUUUAGGUUUGUGUGUGCACGGGACGUGGCUGUCCGUGGCGGAGGAAGCUUUCUCGCUUGAUGCCUCUGCUUCUGUCGUGUUCUGUGUGAUGUUUGCAGCGCAACGGCUCUGUAUGGCCGUGGUGCACGUUUUGGGUAGCCUCUUUCAUCUCUAACCUGUUCCUACACCUUUGCAAUUUCACAUGUCGUGCU